CAAUGCCCCUCUGUCUUUCUCGUCCAAAGUGUGUUAUAUAAAGUACCGAGACCCCUCCAGUGUUGGUGUGGCGCAACAUCUCACCAAUACUGUUUUUAUUGACAGAGCCUUGAUAGUAGUGCCAUGUGCUGAAGAUGACUAGACUGGCCCAGCUGUUACACUACACUAGCCUGAGUCAGGCAUUGUUUUCCAAGCCACUAUCCCCGAUCGGGCCAACGCAGCCUUCAAGGGGGAAUGUGACCAGGAGAAUAGCCCGCUGAACCUUCCAAGAUGGACACCUUGUCUCUUUUUAUUUAUUUUUCUUUUCUUUUGGUUUGUUUCCUUUCAUACUUUCCCAUGUUGUCCACUCUCUACUGUCUCUAUCUAGAAACUACAGUAUUGCUUAUCUCUAGCGUUGUGUUUAUAUUUGUUAUUUUGGUUUGUUGUUUUGAUUAUUGUCCAACCCCCACCCCCCUCUCUUUUUCUGCUACAGCUGCAGCUUGUGUAUGAUUGAAUUCUGUCCAGGUUGCUACGGCAUACCGGUGGGAUGUGUAUCACACGUGGAAUGCUAGGAGGAUCACUAACCCUUUACUCUCUUGUCUCGUACUCCUGUUGAUGUAGUGAGGGGCUAGACAUUAUCAAAGUGAGACCCAGUAUGAACUUUAUCUCAUUUGAAGAUAGAAUCUUUUAAAUUCUAUUUGCACUUUUGAUCUGGAGUGAUUUAAGAUUUUUCCCUCAUAUUACUACACUACAGCUCUGAUAUGGAUGUUAAGUAUUUAAUAAUAACAAAGACAUUAUCCAUUUAACAUCAUUUUCUCUUUGAAUUCGUGACACAUGCAUUAAUGUUUUGCGUCGUUAUUUGUUUUCAAAUACUCUUUAGCACUAGAAGUGUUAGGAAACUUGUCGUGUUACAUAAAUGGUCAGUGCCUCCAGCAGUUAUUUUGUCUCUUAUUAGUCUCAAGUUAGCCCUCUUCUCCAGCAGAUUUUAAUCCAGAAUGGAAUGAGCAAAAUUCCUAAAUUCGUUGUUUUUAUAGCUAAGUCUUGGCUAACAUUUCCUACAGUUCUUAAAAUUGUUGUUCUUUUCUGUAUCUGAUGUUCUGUGUGCUAUUAGUGAUGCAGCCAUUGGGGUUGUCUUGUGUUGCACACCUUUCCAACACUGCGAAACGAUCGCCCCACGGAAAAGCGCCCAUGCUUGAUAUCGUAUGGUUCAUGACCAAUAUGUUUCCAGUACAGGGAAAAUCCCAGAAGAGGCCAAGGCCUUGUCACUUUUGGCACCUGCUGCUCCAGUGCCCAGUCUGAUUCCUGGAGGGGGGCUGCUACCAAUUCCUACUCCAGCUCCACUACAGAAUCUGAACCUCCCAUUAGUGAAUCGGAUGUCAGCCAGUCUUGACCCCACAGUGUCGGUGCACUCCCAGCCCCCCCUCAUGGGAAAUGUGGAUCCCUCAAAAAUCGAUGAAAUCAGGAGGACCGUCUAUGUCGGCAACUUAAACUCACAGACCACCACUGCAGAGCAGUUGUUGGAGUUCUUCAAGCAAGUGGGAGAUGUUAAGUUUGUGCGAAUGGCUGGAGAUGAGACUCAGCCGACGCGUUUCGCCUUCGUAGAGUUUGUCGAGCAGGAGUCAGUCGCCAGAGCCCUGACCUUCAAUGGAGUCAUGUUUGGGGACAGACCCCUGAAGGUUAAUCAUUCCAAUAAUGCCAUAGUAAAACCUCCAGAGCUGACGCCUCAGGCUGCUGCUAAGGAGCUAGAAAGUGUGAUGAAGAGGGUGAGGGAGGCCCAGUCUACCAUUGCUGCUGCCAUAGAACCAGACACAAAGACGCGAUCUUCCAGUCGGUCCAGAAGGUCACGUCGGUCACCCUCGCGGUCUCGCUCUCGAUCACACUCACGAACACGCAGGAAAAGAUCCCGUUCGAAACACAGAACAUCGCAGAAGUCGUGGCCCAGGAGCAACUCUCACAGUUCUCGAAGCGGCCACAGGAGGCGCUCUCGCUCCAGAGACAGAAGACACAGUCGAAGUCGCUCGAGGGGCCACAGGAGGAGGAGUAAGGAUCGAUCCAGGAGCCCUCGGAGGAAAGCCAGGUCACCCUCACUAAAACGAGGUAAGAAAGACAAGAGGAGGGGGCGCAGCAGGGACAGAAAGGACCGCUCCACAUCCAGGAAGAGGGGCCGCAAAGACGAGGACAGGAUAAAGAGCAAGGCCAAGCCAAUGAAGGUGGAAAGGGACUAUGACAGAGAAGAAAAGGAAGACUUUGAAAGUGACAGAGAAGGCUCAGCCACACCCAGCGAGGACAUGACGCCAUCACCCUGCGUCCAGCACAAUGGCAGCUACAAGACUCAUAAUGAGGAGGAGGCCUCUAUGGGCGCAGACAGCACUAAGUGACUGUUUUAUGGAAGCGGAUCUGUUCCACUGAAUGGUCUCAUCGACAACCAUUGUGUGCGUAUACAUACGUAAACAGCGGUUAACCACUUACAGUUUGUUUUUCCCAUCAUCAUUUACUGUCAUACAGUCUGAUUUUUUUUUUUUCUCCUUUGGAUAAAGUCCAUUCUUGCCAACACAUGGAUCCUGUAAUUUAACUCAUUUUCAGUAUCCCACCUAAAGGGUGAGUGAGCACUCAGUAUAAUAUAGACAGCCCUGCCUUUUCUUUUCAACAGUCCAGUUGAAGAUAUUGGGACUUUUAAAGUCACCCAGCAAUACAUCACAGAAUACUGCAAGCUCAAAAAUGAAUAUAUAGUGGGGUCAGCACCUCAAUAAAAACUAUAAUCGCCCUAAAGUCAGAGUUUGUUUUAAAGCAGAUGAGCUGGAUAGCAUGAUAUUGUACAUAUUCAGCAGUUGUCCUCCACCAGUUUAUAUGCACUGCUUGAAGAACUCAAGCACUUGUAUUGUUUCCAUGUAGAUACUAAAGCUUUAGACAGCCAGAUCAGCAGUUUCGAAACAGAUCCUCUGAGACUCGUCAGUUUGUCACCACAGGAUCAGCAGUCUCUGCCUACCCACAACUUCCAGAGCUAUCUCAGAAGAGUCAUAUUAAAAAGUUAGGGCGGAACCAAGCAGAGGUUCCACAGGAAGAACAAGGAACUGGGUUUUAACCUUAAAUUCGUCACUGUCAUGAAUAUUUUUAAAAGACCAAAAUGUUUCUCUCCAUUCCUCCAGUAACAUCUUGACCGUACACUACACACAGCAUUUUAAGCCUCUAAGAUUGUCGUUAUUCUACAGUAUGUAUGACAUAUCCUUUAAGAAAUGUCUUUGCCUUAAUAUUGCAAAUAGCAAAAUGCUACAACAAUCUCCAUCAACAGUGAUAAAAUAUAUGUCUUAAAGUAUGUCCUAUUCAUUUCAAAUGAGAACAGCAGUGGUUUUGGAAAGAUUUUAAAAUGUUGAUGAAGAGGAGGAGGAGCUGUUCAAGAAGUUAUUUAAAAAUGUAAUCUGUGUAAUCUACAGUUCGUGCAAAUGCAGGCGCUUAAAGGCACAAAGAACAGAACACACACACACACACACACACACACACACACACACACACACACACACACACACACACACACACACACAAAGGCUUGGGCUGGCAGCUACUCUCAACUGCAUCACAUUUCAAGCUUAGCACACUUCUUCAGGCAGCAUUUAAUACACAAUUUCAGUGGUAACUGAGUGAAAGUUCAUAUGUAUCCUAUAGCCACUGUUUUUGUUUUAGCACUGUUGCCCAAACAAGUACUUAAUACUGUAUGUUGCAUCAGUUACGUUUGUAAAAAGAAAUAUUUAUUGAGAAAUAAUAAAGAUAAUAAUUGAAUCCAGGAAGUACCAAUUAAAAUAUGGUUCUUUUACCAAAUAAAACCAGCUCCAUUUAUUAGCCAGCUGAGAUAUUCUUUAAAAAGUAGGACUUUUCCUCUCAUGUCAUUCAUUUUAUGACGCAUAGGGAUCCUUCUCUAAACCUCAGUGUAUGGAUGAAAUAAAAACAGUGGAGAAACUCUAACGGUUGAAAGAUUUGUGUCGAUGCUGAAACGCUCAUUUGCCCUUUGUGUGGUGUUAAAGGAAAAUGUGAACUACAAGGUCUGUGAGGUCCUUUAUUCCCUGUUUUGUACCAUUUUCUUCCAUCUGUCCAACAAAACGUACGAUUUUAUGACUUGAAGUGCUGUAAUUAUGAGAAUGCAGAGUAUACUGUUUCUGUGAACCUGUCUCUGAAAUAUUAUCUUAAAAAGAUAAAAAAAAAAUGUCAUUUGGUCAACAUGAAUACAUCGCUUAAUUUCCUGUUUUUUGUUUUAUGGGUGUACAUGUACUUGCUUUUUUAUAUUUCUGAUUACUGGUUGUUGCAACAAGAUCACAAUGUAUCAUGUUCCUUUCCCUGUUAUUGUUGUAAUGCUGUGAGAGAAAAACACUAUUUACUGUUUUAUAGAUACAAUACAGGCCUAUACUGUAAAAUGAUGCUGGUGUGCAGAAUGUCUGUUGAUUGAUAUUUCUCAAGAAAGUUGGAUUCUAACAAAGUCCACAGUGGCAGUCUGCACGAAACUGAACAAGAUAUGUCACAGGUCAACAUACUGCGUGCAAGCACAGAAGGGUCAAAAAGUGCCUAGACAUAGAUUGUACAGAAUAUUCUAAUAAAAUAUGGAGACUUAUUGACAGAUGCAACCUUUAUUGUUAUGGAUGUUUACUUGUUGAAUCUGAGAUGUUAUGUUCAAGUAUUGUCAGCUGUCCUUAGUAAUUAAUAGCGGAAUAGGCUGAACCUUCAUGGGACUUUUGUGGCUUUAUUUCAACAUUCAUUUUUGGUGUUAAAGCUGGUAUUGAGUAAUGUGUCAAAAAAUCUAUCUGUAAAUUGGCCCCAGAUUGAGAUCAGAUCAAGGAGACUUUAAGACUUUAUGACUGUCUUCACCAAAUUCUUCAUCUUGCAAAUCAGAUUUUACUGCACUGUUUUUUUUUCUUUUCCUGCUUUUUUUGUAUACUAGACAAGGCUUCAGUUUGAAGUGGUGAACUUGUGAUAAAGUUUAGUACAAAAGCAUUUUCAACACAACUGACGGUAUGUGAAGAAUUGUAUUUUUUUAUAUCCGUGUAUCCACUACAUAUAGUGUAUACUAUAGAAACAUGUCUCAUGAUUUUUUUCCUGGGGGACUGGGUGCUCGAUGUAAAGAUUUGCUAACACUGUUUCUGAAGAGCUUGGACGAACCUAAUCCUCUUCAAUUUGAAUCUAACAAUAUCUCUGAUCCGUUUCCAAAAACGUUCAAUAAAGAGACAUUCAGAUGUU